AUGAAUUUCUCGGUAUACGCGUCCGGUUUUCUGGAACGUCUGAUAGAAUCCCACGCUGUGAUGCUGCAGGGCAACGCUGGCCUCAAGCCCAAGGAGGGGGAAGGACAAUUCUUCUCCGGCAGUGCCCACAGGAUUUACCUGCUAGGCAAUCCGGUAGUAUGGUGGGCUAACCUGGCGUUUCUGGGCAUAUUCUGUGUGGUGUUUGUCACUAAUUCCAUAAGAGAGAAGCGCGCCUCAGCUUUUGGUGUUCCCGCACCAAACAACCAAUGUAAGCUGUUAGUAUCAGCUCGUUGGCAGUGUUGCUGUUGGUUGCUGCACUACGUGCCGUUCUGGGCGAUGGGUCGAGUGCUGUACUUCCAUCAUUACUUCCCCGCACUAGUUUUCAGCUCGAUGCUCACUGGUACCCUGACAAUAUAUUUGCUGGAGAGCAUCCGAAGCUACUUGAGUCCAGAGCUGGGAAGAACCCUUUAUCAUUGUAUUAUGGGCUUAAUAAUAUCUAGUACUGUAUACAGUUUCUAUUUAUUCUCGCCUCUCGCCUACGGCAUGAGUGGUCCGAUGUCACACGAACCUAACUCUACUAUGACCGGCCUGAAAUGGCUCGAAUCUUGGGAAUUUUGA